AUGGCUCAAGAGGCACAAUUUUCAUCAUACAAUAAUGCACCUUCAGCUAUAAGUGAUUCAUUAAUCACUCAACAACAAUCUACCCAACCCCCAGGCAUGCCCUCAAACAUCACCGAAAGCCCUCAAACCUUUCCUAUAUUGCCAAAGGAUACUAUUCCUAACCCACAGGUUAUCCUUCAACAGCAAACUAUCAACCUGAGCACCCAAGGGAAUCCACCUACCCGCAUUGGUAUUGCUAACACAUCUUUUCAUCCCACUAUUGAAGAGUUUCAGCCAGAUGAGGAUGAUCCUUCUAAAGGGAAGUUGCAACUCUUGGAAGACAGGUUGCGAGCUGUUGAGGGUAAUAGUUACGGUAUUGGAGACGCAAUUGACCUUUGCUUGGUGCUAGACCUAGUAAUUCCUCCAAAAUUUAAAGCACCAGAAUUUGAUAAAUACAAAGGCAUUACAUGUCCAAAGAGUCACCUAACAAUGUACUGCAGGAAAAUGGCGUCGCAUGCCCGUGAUGACAAGUUGUUAAUCCAUGUCUUCCAAGAUAGUCUAACUGGGGCAGCUUUAAAUUGGUACAUGCAUCUGGAACGUACUCGUAUUCGUUGUUGGAAGGAUCUGGUUGAUGCUUUCCUGAAGCAAUACAAGUACAACAUUGACAUGGCUCCUGAUAGAUUAGAGCUUCAAACCAUGAUGAAGAAAGACCAUGAAACUUUUAAAGAAUAUGCUCAAAGAUGGAGAGAGACGGCAGCACAGGUUGAGUCACCCCUUUCAAAAAAGGAAAUGGUUUCUUUAUUCAUUGAUACUUUUAGAUCUCCCUAUUAUGACAAGAUGAUUGGAAGUAUCUCUGCAAACUUCUCUGACGUUGUCAUUAUAGGAGAAAGAGUAGAAAGUGGCAUGAGAAGUGGAAAAAUUGCAUAUGCUACGGGGGCAACUAGCAUCAAGAGGCCAUUGAGUGGACCUGGGAAAAAGAAAGAAGGGGAAGCCAAUGCAGUAACGUUUCACCCCUCUAGAAAAGUCGACCGUAGACCAGCCCAUACCCCCUAUAAAUCUUACCAUCCCAACACACAAAAUCCAUCCUCCACACUCCCUAUACAACCACCCCAAACCAACCAAGCCCAUCACACUUAUCCUAACCAAGCUAGACCCCAAAACUAUCAAGACCGAAAAUCAGUUCACUUCGACCCCAUCCCUAUCACCUAUACAGAACUGUUAUCUCAGUUACUGCAGAGCUCAAUGGUGGUGCGUUGUCCCAUGAAACCCCUGGAACCCCCAUAUCCCAGGGGGUAUGAUCCCAAUGCUAGGUGCGAAUACCAUGCAGGUGCUGUUGGCCAUUCCACAGAAAAUUGUAAGGCACUAAAGUUUAUAGUGCAAGAUUUGAUUAAUGUAGGGUGGAUAAGUUUUGAGGAGAAGAAUCCCAAUAUCGGAAGCAAUCCUUUGCCAGGUCAUCAGGGACCGUCUAUCAACCUCAUUAAUGAAGGCAGAGAACAAUUCUUGAGGAGAAAAGUUGAAGAAGUGAAGACCUCAUUGAAGUCCAUUUUUAGAGAAAUGUGCAAAUUUGGACUACUUAAGCGAUGUUCAGAAAGAGGAAAUGGUUGUGAGUUUCAUCCUAAUGCAACCCACACAUUGGAGGAAUGUAUUGAAUUUACCCACACUUUGCAAGACCUUAUGGAUAAGCAAUUAAUUCAAAUUAGUUGCUCUAAGAUUGAUCAAGAAGUGUUAGCAGUUGACGAGUUGACCUCAAACAGCCCAAAACCUUUAGUGAUCCAUUACACUAAGAAAAGAAUCGCAUUGGUAUCUACUCUACCAAAGCCCAUCACUUUACGAGUCCCUAUGCCUUUCCCAUAUAAGGACAAUAAAGCGAUACCUUGGAAAUAUGAUGUGAAAGUUUACACUAAUAAUCAUGGAGAGAGUCAAUCAGAGGACAUUGAUUCCCAUGCUGUUGAUGUUACAAAUAUCGCUGGUGUCGGAGGUAUGACUCGGAGUGGUCGAAUCUAUACUCCUGAGGAAUUGAGGAAUGAACAGUUGAUAGAAAAGAGGAAUAAUUGUGGAAAGGAGGGCACCAAGGCAACUGACUCAAUAGCUAAAGACAAAAAGGGGAAACAAAAGAAAAUGGUCUCUCAUGAAGAGGCCUGUGAGUUUUUGAAGCUCAUAAAACAGAGCAAGUAUAUGGUGGUGGACCAACUAAACCGAAUUCCUGCUAGAAUAUCAUUGUUGUCAUUGACGAUAAACUCAGAACCUCAUAGAAAAUCAUUGUUGAAAGUCUUAAAUGAGGCUCACGUUGUCCAUAAUAUCUCAGUUGACAAGUUAGAAGGUAUUGUGGGCAACAUCAGUGCUAAUAAUUAUCUUACAUUCACUGAUGACGAAAUUCUCGUGGGAGGAGCGGGACAUAACAAAGCUUUGCACAUUUCUGUGAAGUGUAUGGAUCAUAUCUUGGCAAGAGUCUUAAUUGAUAACGGCUCUUCACUAAACGUAAUGCCUAAAAUGACCCUAGCAAAGUUAUCAUCAGAUGGAUCAUACAUGAAGCCAAGUACCAUGGUGGUUAAAGCAUUCGAUGGCUCUCAAAGAGAAGUGAUUGGGGAAAUAACUUUACCGGUGAUGAUUGGACCUAUUAUCUUUGAGGUAACAUUCCAUGUGAUGGAUAUCGCACCGGCCUAUAGCUAUCUCUUGGGUAGACCAUGGAUUCACUGUGCAAGGGCUGUACCUUCUACACUUCACCAGAAACUGAAGUUUAUUAUAGAUGACAAGUUAGUCAUUGUCUCAGCUGAAGAGGACCUGUUAGUAACUAAGCCUUCAUCCACCCCUUACAUUGACGUCACUGAAGAGGCUCUGGAAACCUCAUUCCAGGCACUCGAGAUUGCUAAUACGACGUAUGUGGGGGAGGGAACAUAUGUCAUGAAGCCACAACCAUCAGAUACAGCUAUGAUGAUAGCGAGAGUUAUGCUUGAGGAAGGUUACUGGCCUGGAUGCGGGUUAGGCAAAAAUGAGCAAGGAUUGAUUGAGUUGCCUAAACCAAUUGACAAUAAAGAUCAAUUUGGACUUGGUUAUAGGCCAACAAGGGCAGAUAAAAGAAGGAUAAUAGCUGAGAGAAGAGAAAAGAGGAUGGCCAAAUUAGAAAAUAGAGAGCCUGAAACUGGAAGGAUCCCCUUUUGUGAUCUCCUACAAAGCUUUCAAAGUGCAGGAUUUGAAUUUGCAGAUCCAGUGGCUGCUGUUGAGGAAGAUACCCACGGAGAUGAACAUGUUAAUUUAGUUUGGGCGUGCUCGCCGAAUACAGAGAUCGGCAAUUGGGAGAUCAUUGAGCUUCCUGUGAUUUUAGAUUCAAAAUUCAAACCUGACGAUGAUAUACUCAAAAGUGUCAAUGCUAAUAUCGCUCAGAGUAAUGUUGAAUGUCUCAUUAAUCAAGCUAGCAAUGAAACUGAGCAUGAGCACGAUCUUUCUCCUGAACUGCUAAGGCUAGUAAAGCAAGAAACUAAAGAAAUUUUGCCCCACCAAGAACCUACAAAGAUGAUUAAUCUGGGCCUCGGAGAAGAGAAAAAUGAAGUCAAAAUCGGCACCUUAUUGAAAGAGAAUGAGCGCCGCAAGUUGAUAGAACUCCUCUAUGAAUAUAAGGACAUCUUUGCAUGGUUAUACCAAGACAUGCCUGGCCUCGAUGCAAAUAUUGUGGAACAUAAAUUACCACUAAGGCCAGAAUGUCCCCCGAUCAAGCAAAAGUUAAGACGGAUGAAGCCCGAAAUGUCCUUAAAAAUCAGAGAAGAAGUGAAGAAACAACUUGAUGUUGGUUUCCUAAUUGCUGCAAAAUAUCCACAAUGGGUUGCAAACAUAGUGCCUGUCCCUAAGAAAGAUGGAAAAGUCUGA